GAAGGCUGAAGUGGAGAGAUGAAGGGCUCUCCCUACUGGAGUUAGAGAGGAGGGCAGAGUCACCUACCUCCCAAGCAACAGAUCAUUAAUCUGACUCCAGGGUGGGCACAGAGGAAGGAGAGUGGGAGACUUAAGAGACAGGGGAUAUCGUAGCAUCGAGGAGCAGGAGACGCCAGGGCACCGGGGGCGAUGGCUGGGCAAGGGACUGGAUAGGAAAGGAAGCCAGCCCUUCCACCAGGGCCUUUGUGAGGAGAGCAUUUAAAAUGCUACCCAAAAAAAGGCUUUAAGAGGUUUCCCCUCUACUCACCUCCUCCUACUCCCGUGGCGUGUCUGCGUCUGAAGAAGAAUUCUCUGGCUAUACCUGAUAACCACUGGAGUUGAUCCAGAGCCUGUGGUCCCUUGAGUGGCCAGGGCCAGCCUUCCUCUGGAAAGAACAAUCUCACCAUUGGUUGACUGCAAAUCAAGAUCAUGUCUGGAUACAGCUCCAAUCGCUCAACUAAUUCCCUUAACAUCCCCUACCUGGGUAGUUCCUUCUACAGUUCCGGCUCAAGUCGUCCUGGUAGCCCCAAGAAAAUCCAACCCAAAGCCAUGGGUUGUCCCGGUCGUCCGUUUUGUUCCGUCUGUCCCAGCCGUAGUGAGCUCUGUAGCUCACCAAACAAGGGUUCCAGGAAAGUCCCUUUGAACCCGUGCUGUGGCCCCAAGGCUGAUGACCCUUCCAGUGAGGAUUCUGACCCAUCCAAAAAGCCAGCAUGCCGGGGCCGCCCUCACUGCAUGCUCUGCAUGGACCGUCCUCGAAACACAACCUUCUUGGACUGUCUCAUUGAAGGCAUAGAUUACCUGGACCGUUCCCUGAAUAACGAAGCUCUCUCAGACAAGCCGGGCAGCUCCAAACCCACUUCCAGCAAAACUCCCGUAAAGGAAGUGGUGAAGGGGGAUACCACCAGCAAGGCGAACUUAGCCACCAAAAAAUCCGUGAGUAAGACAUCCCAGACCAGCCCCACCUCUCUGCAACGCUUCAGUGGCCGAUCUGGCGGCAGACACGGCCUUGGCGGUCCGUUAUCUUCCAAGUCGGGGUCCACCAGUUUGCAGGACGAUCCUUGGAUGGGGGCGAGCAUCAAGAUCAGUCAUAUCCCCAAGAUAUGGGAGAGCAUUCAGGCAGGGUGGGCUGCGAAGCCUGACCCCAAGGCGGCCCUGUGGUGGUGACGAUGGCUUCAGCUAGAAGACUCUCGUUUUCUCCUGCAAAAUAAAUCAUUAGUGAGCAGAA